AUGAACAAUGAAGAAGAGUUCUAUUCAUUCACUAACUUCACCAUCCAUCAAUUUAAUGUAGUUUGUGAUAUUUUAUUGCCAUAUUUGGAGAAAAACAGCUGUCGACCAGCUCUACCAUCUGAGCUCCGAUUUGCAGCUGUCUUGAAUUACCUGGCCAAAGCUGACAGUGUUCACAAAAAUGCACUAUUCUAUACAAUUGGCGAAUCAACUUUAUAUGCUAUUGUGCCAGAGGUGUGCAAGAUCAUUUGUGCUGUUCUAGGUCCAAGGUAUUUGCGUAAGCCAUCUACUGAAGACUUGAAAAGAGUUGCAUAUGAAUUUAACCAACUGGACUUUCCUCAUUGUAUUGGAUUAUUGGAUGGGAAGCACUGUGAAGUACGCAAGCCUAAGCACUCAGGUAGUGCUUAUUAUAAUUACAAGAAGUUUCAUAGCAUUGUAAUGAUGGCAAUAUCAGACAUCCACAAGAGAUUUCUCAUGAUUAAUGUGGGAGGAUGCAGUUCGCUUAACGAUGCCUUCACAUUUAAUAAUAGUGAUAUUUGUGCUGGGUUGGAAAAUGGUGAAUUGUGUUUACCUCCACCAGAAUUGAUACCAGGCUCCAAUUUGUUAGUUCCAUAUUUCUUGAUUGGUGAUGGGGGUUUUCCUCUCAAGCAGUACUUAAUGAAGCCGUUCAUGAGAGUCAACAAUAUGACACCUAACAUGGAGAUAUUCAACUCAAGAUUAAGUCAUGUAAGGCAAACAGUGGAGUGUGCUUUUGGCUCACUGACUGCGAUUACCAGGAAUUUGAGAGAAAAACGGGGUUUUAUUAGUCAUUGGAUUGAUGCACCAAUUGGAUAUACUGAAGAUAACCAAAUAGAAAUUGUUGCUCCAAUCCAGUUCAAUGCCAUUGAUGUGAGAAAUAGUUUAGCAGAAUACUUCAUUUCCCCAGCUGGAGCUGUUCCAUGGCAGUGGGGAAGAAUCUGA